UACUACAGGUGUGUUGGAUUUUCUGCAUUAUACAAAAAAUAUUCACAAAGAUAAGGAUUUGUGUUUGUUUUUAUAAUGCAAACUCACAGCUUCGUAAGCUUCAGUCGCUAAGCGAAGUUUCUGUUAACAUUGUUUUACUGAGAAAGUGAUAAUCAUUUGAAGUUGUAUAUUGAGUAAGGUUUAGCUUUUAUUGGAUGUUAUUUCGAGUGUUCCGCAAAAUGAGCUCAGCUGACAUUGCUUCAUUACGAAUAAAAUACAUGGAAAAGAAGGAUAUUUUCCAUGAAUCAAGUAUUGCGGUCAAGGAGCCAUUCGAUUUGUUUAGAAGAUGGUUUGACAAAGCGUUGCAAACACCAGAGAUAAUUGAGCCUAAUGCUAUGUGCUUGGCAACAGCAACAAAAAAUGCUGUUCCCUCGGCUCGCUUUGUACUAUUGAAAGAUGUUACCAAAGAAGGGUUCACAUUCUUUACGAAUUAUGAGAGCCGAAAAGCUGAAGACAUAGCGGAAAAUUCUAACGUAGCCUUAGCCUUUUAUUGGUUGCCGCUGAGACGCUCGGUACGUAUCGAAGGUCGCGCGGAAAAAAUACCGUUUUCCGAUUCGGAAGCUUACUUCCACCAGCGGCCUCGGGCAAGUCAAAUUGGUGCACUGGCGAGCCCCCAAAGCAAACCAAUCGUGGGUCGGGAAUACCUGGACCAAAGAGAGGAACAGAUCAAGAACGAUCUCGGGUCCGAUACGGAAGUUCCUAUGCCUAAUUGGGGCGGAUAUUUGGUGCGACCUAAGGCCGUUGAAUUUUGGCAGGGACAAACGAAUCGUCUACACGACCGGAUUCGAUUCCGGAGACUGAAUGAUGGCGAAGUUGCAGACGGAAAGUUGCUACAUGAAGGCGAAAGUGGAUGGGUUUACGAGCGGCUAGCUCCUUGAAGAAUUGAGUCUGUUCUCUAUGAAUUGUUAUUGAACAAAAGAAUAAACUAGAAAAUAUAAACAUGUUAAA